CUGGUCGGUUAACAGUGAGCCCUCCCGCAAAAGCGUCCACCGCAUGUCCAUGUGGGCAUUGAUCCGCGUGACAGAUCACCGCCUCUAAACCAGCCCUCGGGUUCAGGGUUUGCCCCUCCUGACCAGCACCAAUCUGAGAUGGGUAGAAGGAGGGGGCGGGAAGGUUAGUUUGAAGAGGGCAGAGCUUUGCGAGAGGACGCCGAUAUUUCCCUUAUUAUUUCACCGCUGGAAGAAAAAAAAAAUAAAACCCAGUGGACAAUAACAGCUGAGGGAGAAAUCAGUCGGACCAAACGUCAGAACCUCAUUAACUCCACGGAAAGCCAGUCGGGAGGGAGAAGAAACACCAAGAACACACCGCUCAUUGCUGCUGGACUGCAGCUGCAACAUUCAAGAAAGAUUUUCACAGGCUGUUGCUGCCACAUACAGCGGCAGCUCCCCAGAAGUGGAGGUUGGCUGAGUCUUCUGGUUCUACUGAUAUGGCUUCCGCACUUUGGAAGCCUAAAUCACUGGACUUGGGCUUGUGGAUCUUCCUCCUGCUCCUCAAUCUCCUUCCUGAAGCCAGGGCAGUAGUCGGGCACAGAGAGCCGCUGCCUGAUGAUAGCAAAGACAAUAUCACCAUUUUCACCCGAAUCCUAGACAGGCUGCUGGAUGGAUAUGACAACAGGCUACGUCCUGGGCUGGGAGAGACUGUGACAGAAGUGAGGACAAACAUCUUUGUGACGAGUUUUGGGCCAGUGUCGGAUACAGACAUGGAAUACACCAUCGAUGUCUUCUUCCGUCAGAGUUGGAGCGACGAAAGGCUGAAGUUUGAUGGGCCCAUGCAAGUUUUACCCCUCAACAACCUCCUGGCCAGUAAGAUCUGGACUCCUGAUACGUUUUUCCACAACGGAAAGAAAUCGGUGGCCCACAACAUGACGACUCCAAACAAACUACUACGACUAGUCGACAAUGGCACGCUUCUCUACACCAUGAGGUUGACCAUUCAUGCUGAGUGCCCCAUGCACCUGGAGGAUUUCCCGAUGGAUGCACACGCCUGUCCUCUGAAAUUCGGAAGUUAUGCUUACACCAAUAACGAGGUGAUCUACCUGUGGACCCAGGGAGAUGAGAGGUCUGUUGCUGUUGCAGAGGAUGGCUCCAGGCUGAACCAGUAUGACUUACUGGGACAUGUUAUUGGCAAGGAAACCAUCAGUUCCAGCACAGGAGAAUAUGUAGUGAUGACAACAUAUUUCCAUUUGAAAAGGAAAAUUGGCUAUUUUGUGAUUCAAACCUACCUCCCGUGCAUCAUGACUGUCAUACUGUCUCAGGUCUCCUUCUGGCUAAACAGAGAGUCGGUUCCUGCUCGCACUGUAUUCGGGGUCACCACUGUCCUAACCAUGACCACCCUGAGCAUCAGUGCUAGAAACUCCCUCCCUAAGGUGGCCUAUGCCACUGCCAUGGACUGGUUCAUGGCCGUGUGCUAUGCCUUUGUCUUCUCUGCCUUGAUUGAGUUUGCCACAGUCAACUACUUCACCAAGCGCAGCUGGGCGUGGGAUGGGAAAAAAGAGGGCAUGGAAAUAAGGGAACCGUUUCAGGCUAACAUGGCCAGGAUUAACGAUAUGAGAAGAGAAUCCGCCACUUUGUCCAAAAAGGCAAACAACACCUUCAACAUUGUCGGAACCACCUACGCCAUCAACGUUGCGAAAGACCAAGGUUUAACGACCAUUUCCAAGAGCGCCACCGGAGCGGCGGCCAAACACCCCUAUCUCCAUAAAAUGGAUGACCCCUACACAGAGGCCAAGAAGUCCUACAACCGCGUCAGCAAAGUGGACAAGAUCUCACGUAUCAUUUUCCCAGUUCUGUUCUUCAUCUUCAAUUUAGGCUACUGGGCCACAUAUGUCAACAGGAAGCCCGCUAUCAUGAAGGCAAACAACUUAAACUGAAUUUGACCAAAUGCUAGGCUUGAUCUGGUUUGCUUUGGAGGGUAGACAGGUUUGCAGGAGGCCAAGUCCAUUACAUCUUAUUGUGUGUGUAUGUGUGCGCGCGCGUGUUUCGUGUGUCUGUUUUUUCUUAAGAGUUUGAUAUUUUGCACGUCUGUAUAGAUGGAAGGCAAAUUUUAACAUACAGUAGAUUCACAUAAUAGUAGUGGACCUUGGAGGGAGCACAUUCUCACAUCAAAUUGUGUUUGUGUAGAGUUUCUUUGUCCCCUCCACACUUAGCUCUGGCCCUUUCCCCCUGUUGUGAGUAACCAAGUGUCCCUUUGCUGUAUCUUGAUUGCUUGCCGUUUUGUAGCGUAGUCCAGUUGUGUUCCCACUAUGUUUUGACAUGUUUGCGCUUUGCUUAUAAUAAGUUAGAGCGAGCAUGCGUUGGAAGUUUUCGUCGUAGCUCAUUUUCCGAUGAUAAGGUUUUGACACAUCCAUCAAGUUAACAACAUGCAUGCACGCACGCAGACGCAGACACACAGCGAUGCAUCAGAAAACGCCAGGAGAGCCAUUCGCCGGUCGCUUUACCGUGCUCUGUUAGCCGGGGGCAGCCUGUAUAGCUCCAUAGGAACAUCAUUAAUAAUCGUCAGUGUCUGGCCUUCAGCUUGGCGCUGAAUCUCAACAGACCCAAUGCAGUAUCAUCUGGAAUUGCUAUCGCGUCCCAUAGGGCUGCCUGUACAUUUUCUAGCCCAGUGGCUCUUAUUGUUUUAACUGGCUGAGUAUGCUUAAUGACAGAGAAGCUAUGUGCCUUGGUGAACACACACAUCAUAAAAGGAAAAAAAAAAAAAGGCUUUGACACGCUCACAUUUGCAGCACACAUACGCACAAUGGUCUCUGUGUACGUUACAUGCAAACAUGUACUGGUGUCCACAGGCGCGGUGCACUGCAGUAUGUGGCUGUACCCCACCCACCCACAGGCAUGGGCAGCGAGUGUAAAAUUGCCCAUUAGUGUGGAAGGUUAACAGACCUCUGCCUGUGAAGAGAUGAAGCAAAGAGAUUAAAGGAUCCAGCGUAGUCUAGAACAAUUAUCAUGUGCAUUUAUGUUUUGGCUCGUGGCGCGGCGCCUCUGUGAGCCGAGCAGUCAUAACAAACUACCACCAUUACCUCAGACUGAAGUCGAAUUCUGAAUCGCAGUUUAAUAUAUGUUUUCCGUGGAAAUGCAAAUAACACUAGAUGUUUUAUACAUUAAAUCAUACCAGACACUCUUUCUUUCUUUCUUUCUUUCUUUCUUUCUUUCUUUCUUGUGGGCGGGCACCCCGGUGCCUUUUAUUUCUUUGUGGUCUUCGCAUCUGUGUUGUUUGGCUGCAUUAUGAUUCUUUCUGCAUUUCUGCCUCGUCAUGAGCAAGAUUUUGAUUCAUGUUGUACUUUUGCCCUUUUAUAUUUGAUUGUGUAGAGUAUAUUGGUGUUGAUUUGAUUGUCUACCUAUGCUGUACUGUUUUUGUGUUUUGAAGUAGACAACAAAAGGCCAAUAUGUCACAGUCACACAGUAUUUCGGAACAAAUUUUGGAGACGCUAUCAUCACUGGAGACUAAUGUACUGCAAAAAGCUGUGAAACUGACCAAUAAAACUAAAAUAAUAAACUAAUUUAACUGUUGUGAUCACAUGAUAGAACAAAGUAAUUAUCAAAUUAUUUCAUCUGAUUCAUCUCCAGCUGUGGCAUCCGUCUCCAACUUUUGUUCCCCGUUUGUUAAGUGACAUCUGUAUUUUUGUUUUGUGUUGAAUUUGGUACGUGUUUAUACAGAUGUUAUAUGAUUCUAAAGCAAUUUAUGUUGCUUUCCUGCCGGAUGCACUCUGGAUAUUUUGCAUUGUCUUAAUUAUAGACUCUCUGAUGACCACUACAUCCAGUGGAUUCAAACUUUAUCUUCGGUGGUAAGCAUAGGAGAUUGAGUGAACUGUGUCGUGGCCUCUUUAAAAAGGUGUGGUAAUAACACGAACCAUGUACAAUGUAUCAGUCAUAGGUUAAUGCAUGACAAUCUGUACACGUGUAUGUCUGCAACCUCCAAUAAUGGUGUUUGUCACACUGAAAUAGGGCUUAGUAACAGUGUUUCUGUAGUUCAUCCCAGUUAGUCAUCAAUAACCUGCUCAUAGCCUCAGCAACAUCUGCAUAAACACACUGAGACUCUGAUUAUUUGUGCAUAUUGAUGUGACGUAAUCAUUUAGGGCUGGCAAAGAGUUCUGGAAGUGUUUUGACCCUCGUUUGGUGGCACACAGAUGUGAAGAUUAAUCAGUGUACUGACACAAACACCCUGUUACAAACAUUAACCACACAAAGUAUAAUUCUUGUUUGUAGUUCCCACAUUGGAAAACACAUUCAGGUCACAUUUCAAAACCAGUAAGCUGCAGGUUUAGAUUAAAUAAAACGCAAUGAAGGAUUCUAUUUUGUCGGUCAUUAUUGUUUAAAUAUGCAAAUAUAUAUUUCUUAUUUAUUUCAUUACGAUUAAAUGUUUUCCCGC